GAUGACUCUGAUUUGAAAAUUUUGCUGAUGUAGUCUAAAUUUGUAUUAAAAAUAUUUCCGAUGGACACCCCAGCCUUCGCAAGGUGGCAGCUUCUCUUAUUUGAUUUGUUUCCUUGCCUUUAACACCAUUGCGAUGUUGAAUCGCAUUCAACACAUCACUCGGCGGAUCGAGCGCACUCUGCAUAGCAACAAGGACAAGUAGGCUGUUUAGUUGCCAAAUCAUGCUGUAAGCAGGUCCGGAAGAACACUGCUACUUCUGAGUAUUGUUCAUUAUCUAUAUGCUGAUAUUUUUGUGUAUUUUCAACUCUUUUUAUUUGACAUAAAUAUGACAAAUAUCGGCAUGAGAGGCUAGCAGCUGCCGCAUCUGGUCACUUGACAGCCCAGGUGCGGGGAAUUUCCAUGCGUUAACAUUUCUCGCCUACCACACUCGGCCUCUUUUUUGACUCAUUUUCAGCUUCUUUUCGACCCUUUCUUGACGCAUUAUCCAACUCACACCGACUAAUAUAUGGCUCCUUUGUCGAUUGAUGGUGCUAUCUCCUCUCUUGCCAAUGCGUCGAGAAAAAUUCAACGUCGCAACAGUGUCAAAAUCCCUGAAGCAAAGCGAAUUGAGGAGGCUCUUGACCUAUUAUGAAGUGGGAAACUCACAGAUGGCAAGGGGGCAAAGCGUCGAAAAAUUUAUCUGGAGUUUCUACAGAAAGUCCUGCAGGUCAACAGCGCUUCCAUGAUUAUCCUCUGUGUUGUUGGGCUUGAAUUAUCUGUGAUUUCCAUUGCAAAGAAGGAUGUGAGGCUUAACUUGCCGUAUGUGAUAAAAGAUGUGGCUGGACUCGACAAUUCUGUCUUGCACCGACUUGCGAAUCAGUAUUUUAACAGCGACAACUCUGCACCCCAUCCACAAAUUGAGACAGGCUCUCAAGCUGCGUUGAUGGGCUCUCCCGAGUAUCAUGAACAGAACCCACAGGAGACACAUCAAGAUCCAUCUCCUCGAACUGAGCAGCUUUCAAUCCAACAAACAGAUAGGCAGAUUGAUUAUAGAUGUUCUGCAGCACAAGUCAGCGAAAUGCCACAGAUCGGCGACCUCCUCUUUGUCGCAGUCCAAAACAGUAACCAGUGGAUAUGGGAGCGGGCGGUAGGAGGAACGGCCAGAAAAACAACAGAUUGCUUGAAUGUCUUAGUCCCUGAAAACCGAAACCAGGACAUCACAAUAACCUUGCUCGUGGGUCAUGAAAAAGGUCUAGAGUUGAUUGAGAGACUUAAACUAGCAUCUAUGUGAAUUUCACAGUUGCGCCUAUUACGCGAACUUUAAAACCAGCGGGUACAUCACUUGUCCCAUUUUCCGCGACGUUAUUGUGUUGCCAAUAUGAAGGGGAGUUCAUAUCCACUUUUGAAUCAUAGAUAAUGAUGGAUUUUCCCCUUCCUGUGAUAUUCCUGGAAAAAUCCACGGCUUCAAAAAGCUUUACAUCUAUGUAUUCCUCGACCCCAGAAAGUGCUUCACAUCCAACCUACACGCAAGCCAUAUAUUCAAUUUCAGCUCUGAAUACACAUUUGCGAAUGCCAGAUGGUGUUGACGUACCUCCUUAGACAUAGCUGAUAGCAAAAAUUCGCGUUUAAUAUACAUGGUCGAGACCAUAUAUUGAGAAGUUUUUGAUAGUUCGAUAACAUAAAGAGGCAGUUGAUAGAGCUCGAUUUGUAGAUAGAUGUUGGCGCGAAAUGAGACUAACGUGACUUAGUUUUAUUCCAAAUAAAAGGGGGUGGCAAUCCGUACCUCUUAAAAGAACCGCUUAAUAGAAGCAAAAACUUCUGAGGAGAGCUGAACAGGUUUGCUGAGAUUUGGAUGAGGGCUCACUGGAAGGUCUCCAAAUUAUAUGGUCAGAGGCUGAGAUGGCUACCAUUCAGAGAAGCCAGAAUACUGGAUGGCUUCUGUUUCCUCAGAAUAGAAGGGGAAUGGAAAGCAUUCGGCCUAAUGACGAAAUGUCGGAAUCUAAGAUUUUCCAUCCUGUGAACCUCAAACCGUCGUCGGGCAGCAAGGCCUUUCACGGGCCACAUUGACGGUGGUAGGUGCGUACCACAGCCCAAUUUCAGUUAAGGGAAGCAUUCUGGUUAGCUCGUGACCACACCUACGUUGCUUCGAACAUGUUUGAGAAGGCUGAGUGCAUAAUGACCGAACCCCCUCAACAGAGGCAGUAUAACCGCAACGACAGAAUACCGUCAAAUUAUCGCCUAAUUUUAUUACAGAAAGGAUCAAAAAAAUAUCGAAAAAUUUCAUUCCAAGCUGCUGGGGAGAAUCUAUUGAACUUGGCCGGCCUCUGCUUCCGGCCAAGCUUUCACCUUUGAUAACUGAGUAUCUUUUUACUGAGGCCCUAGUUCAAAAUCCCCUCAGCCGAUUCCACCACAUUUCAAGGUGCAACAAGAUACGAGCGCAACAAAAUUCCGAUGCACUCCAUCCAGCCCGAGGGGGAUCUGUAUUCCCACUCCCAUUGUCCCUUUUGAGACACAGCAUGCUGCCUGCUCUCAUGAUUGAAGAUCCUAGGCCUCUCCGAAAGGCAGCAAUGCGUGAGUCGGAACUGAAUGAAUCUUACCUUUCUGCAUAAUUUAGUUUGUCUGGGUAGUUUGGGCAUUAGUAGGGACAUACUGGCAUAAUCGUCAGCAGAGGAACAGGACCUGUCUAUUCCUAUUCCAGCCGCACGAAAUCGCUGGUCGCGCCAGCUCCACAAUCCACUUUCGGAUCCCUCUAGCAGCGCGUGCUACCAUUGGCGACUCUUGUGAGCUUGCUAUGGUUGCAAGUGAAGCGGUGGCAACGCCGAAAUUUGAGCGUUCACAGAAAUUACCAGGACAAGGGGGGGUGAAUAGGGGAUCAUUUAUUGACUGACUGACACUUUUGGGAAGGGUAACCCCAGGUGGCAGUGCUAAUUUUAGUUUGCCAAGACACUAGCGCUUCUCUCCCGAAUCGGCCGCUUGUACACGAUAUCACGUGCUACAGUAGCACUCAUCCAGGACUGCCCAACAACAAUCAUUUCUGGAUAAGCUUGUGAAAUAAUUCUGCGAUCCUCGCGGCACUCGAUUAUAAGAACUUCUGCUCCUACUGUCCUCGGUGCAUACUGCACUAUAGAGAAACCAAAAAGUUGUGAUUCAUUGCUAUAUGCCUUGUUCAGCGACCUUCAGCCCAUCUCACAAGCGUCAGCAUCCUUUAUCACUUUGCAACACUUUGUGAUAUCAGCUGAAAAGACAGAAGCUCAGUGAGUCAGCAUCAGUGUAUUGAGAUAACCUGU